GUGCGCAGUCUCUCUUCUCAUUUCCCUUCCUGUUCUUUGCCCUCUCUCUCUCUCUCUCUCUCUUUCCCUUUCUAUCCUUCCUGUUUCUCUCAAAGUUUAAAAGUUGAUGUGUAAUUGAAAUCUAUCAUUCCAGAAAGCGCAUUCUCCAGUUAUCUUGGUACGUGCUUCAGAAGUCAAAAUGACUGACCGCACCGUUCCUCAUGCUUACCCGAUGAGUAUGAAUUAUGAGAUGUGUUCUCCCCCUCGAAUCUACGAUCAGAACUUUGCUGAAGCUCUGAGUCCCCAGGACCUGUUGGCCCCUGUCCUGUACCAUGGUUACUACAUCCGACCUCGCAUCAACAAGCAGCUUGAGAGGGGUUUCUCCCAGAUAGACAGUGAAGAUGACUGGUAUAGAGUGUUGCUGGAUGUGUGCCAGUUCACGCCGGAUGAGAUAAGUGUGCGAACAGUGGACAACUUGUUGGAGGUAACAGGGCGGCAUACUCAGAGAAUGGACCAACAUGGCUUUGUGAGCCGAGAGUUUACCCGUACGUACAUCUUGCCAAUGGGUGUGGAUCCGUUGCUUGUGCAGGUGUCUCUCUCACAUGACGGGAUACUGUGUAUACAGUCACCACGGAAGACUGAGGACCUGGAGCCAAAGAUCAACCAAUUGCAGAUUAAAGUGGACAAGAAGGAAAGCAAGAGUUCCUAGAGUGGACUGAGAUAUGUUAGCUAUUUCAAUUUUCGUUGGGGAUAACACUUUAAAUCAGGGAGUUGUAAAACUGUACCAAAAAUGAGGUCCCCUCACAAUAAGAGUGUCCACUCACUGCAUGCAGUUUUAGUGUGCACGAUAGAGCUUUUCAGGUUGUGGUCCUAAAACCCAGAUGAAAAAUUUCAUUUUCAAGCGACGGGUUUCCUUGGGAAUUUCCAGUGGGUUUUAUUAUGAGUAAAAUAAGGUCUGUGUCUAACAUUACUAAAGAGACUUUCGCAUUGUGUUCUACAACAUAAAUUACUCACAUGUUAUGUUUGGAAUAGCAUACUAUCAUGCUACUCUUCAUGUUUUUCUGAUUUAUCAUUAUACAGCAGAAAUAGAAAGAAUAGUAUGAAAGUAUGCUAACAGUUGAGGACUGUGAAAUUUAAGUUGGUGUAAACAAAAUGUGAAAGUCAAGUUCAUUACAAGUUAUGUUAAACAUAGACCUUGCUUUACUCCUAAAUUAAACCCCUCUAUUUUAAAAUCCCAUUGGAAAUUCCAGAGAAAACCCAUGGUGAAUUAGUCUUCUGGAUUGGCAACAAACUGAUGUCUUGACUGCUCAGCCCUAUUUAAAAACAUAUUUUAAUGUAAAAUUACAUCAGUAGGCAUAUUUUUACAGCAACAUUGGCUGAACCAAUAGUGUGAUCUAUUUGUCCAACCAGACAGCAAGUGUUUGGGAAAUGCCAAAUCCGUUUUGAAAUUCCGUUUGGUGUCACUAGGGUUCAUAUUCUGUAAAUAACUGGAUUAAAAGAUCCUCCCAUUGGAAAAGCAAGUGUCAUGAAGUUGUUUGGUUAAAAUGUAGAGUAUAUUCACAUUACAUACAGUAAUUGUUAUUAUUAGUAGGCCUGCAAACUAAAUUUCCAGCAUUCAAUCAUUUUUCAUUUAUGACAAAUUGGUUUAUGAAUAGACACAGUUUUGUGUUAUAUUGUAACAAAAAAUUUACUGAUAUAAGUACGUUUCGUCUGUUGUGGUCAGGUUUACACUUGAAAUCAGGGAUCUGUAAAACAGUACACACUGGAAUUCUAUGAGGCACAUAAGUUCCUACAGUUAGGGCUAACCUUAUUUCAUGGAAGAGGGGCUGUCAAAGGAUUUGUCAAAGCGUGACGGGUUUUGUCAAGGUAUGAGAACUGGAUAAAGAAAUAAAAUGGCCAUAUAUACAUUUAUUGUUAGUUAAAUUAUGUUUUACAAUAAACCUACUUGUAUAG